UUUUUGCAACGUGCGCUGGUAUGGUCGGUUAUGAAACACGAAGUUAAAUCAUCUUUUCUCACGAAUAUUCACCAGCAAAGCGAAAGGGCGAAGGGAGAGAGAAGCCUCCUCACAAGUCGAUAUCUCUGCGAGUGUAUCUCCCUAAAAGUAUCGAGCUCGAUUAGGGUUUGGGGUUCUUAUUUCGCUCAAAAUCGCCACCGAGAUUGGGAUUUUAGUAAAUGUGAGAUCAAACUCAACGGCGUUUUACAGCUUCGGUCGAGGGUAAAGUGUUUGUGUGAUAUGUCGGAUUUUGAGAUCAUGGAUUUAUUGUGGGAAAAAUUCAGUCAGAGUGAUUAUCAUAUAGUGCCAAUUCUAUUUGGUGAGCAGGUAAAUCUGGCUUCGAAUGACGUUGGAAAGAAGCCACAAUUUGUGAUGGGAAAUUCUGUUGGAGAAAGCAGGGAAGUAAUUAAAUCUGGGAACAGUAAUGUAUGCAGAAAAGAAGCAGACUUCUGCUAUCUUUCAGAGGAAAGGAGCACCACUGCACCAGAGGGAAUAUGGUCUCAUCCUUUAAAAGAAAUAAGCAUCACGUCAUAUGAUUAUGUUGAAGGCAGCACAUCCUCUGCUGAUAAUCCUCUUCUUGGAGCUAGCAAUACUGCAUAUGAGUGCAAUGCCGGCCACUUUUCACUUAGUGGUACGUCUUCAGCUGAUGGCGGACUUAUUCUUACGCAAAAUGGAUACAAUCACAUCGAAAAUGAUAUCCUAUGCUAUGAUUUACCUGACAUCGGCAACUUCGAUGAUAUAGACAGAACUUUUAGAAACUAUGAUUCCACAUUUGGGCAAGGAAGCAGUACGCUAGAUGAGAUAUCAAGGUUUUCAAUGUCUACGCCUGGUAUUUAUGGUCCAGAAGAUAACUUUUUGCUGGACUUGCAGUGUUCAAAUUUAGGUAAUACACAGUCUGAAGACAAUCCUAUGACUGCUUUGAAUGAUAAGACUGCUAAUACCGGCAUGCAAUCUUCAGCGUUUGUCGAUGAUACUGACAUUAUGUGUAAACCUAUGAUCCAACAACAGGCAUUUGAUAAAAGUCAAGGGAAUAAAAUUAUCAGCUCUUACACAAAAAAAAUCAAUGAUAGCGGCUUAAAUGCACGUGAAGACAUUGAGACUAGUACACACAAGCAGCUGAAAAGACUACGCUCACCUGAAGGAAGGAGAAAAGAACGAAUUUCAGACUGCACUAGUAGCAAUUCUUCUUGUGGUUCCAAACAAAUGCGGCAAUUUUCAGAUCAAAAACAAAAAUAUCUUGCUUCUGAUAUUCUUGUUCAUGGAACCUAUCAUUCUCAACUUGCAGACCCAAAUCAUUUCUUGCUCCCUGAAGCUUCUGGUAGCACGCAAACCUUCAAUACCCAUGAACAACUUGGGCGUUGCCUCCCAUCACAACAGGAUCUCUUCAUGCAUGCGAGUACAAGCAUUAGCUCUCAGAGAGAUAAUAAGUCUUCAUCUUUUCUUAAAUCUCCGGAUAUUAUACUCAAGGAAAUGACGGAGGAACUAUUCCCUGAACAAAACUUAAUACCUGCACCGACUAUGAAGCAGCAACCUGAGCUUCUGUUGGAUACAAAUGCUGUUCAGAAGCAGAACCAUAAAUUUCUUAAAGGAGGUGAGAAUGAAAUACGGAAUGCAGGCUUAAACAUUCCCACAGUUGCAGCAGGUUUUUCACCAGUACAGAAGAAUUUUUACAUUGCUGCUUUUUCUGAGGAGAUGUCAAAUAGCAUUAUUCUCCAGCAACUUCAGGGAGUCAUGGAUCAGUUGAAUGUCAGAAUGAAAGAAUGCAUAAGGGACAGUUUAUAUCGAUUGGCCAGGAGUGCUGAACAAAGGCAUAGUUUUUUGACAAAUAACAGUAGUAAAGGCGGUACAGGAAGGGUUCUGGAAUCACAAGAUUUGAACAGGUGUGUGGCUUCCACUUCAGUCGAAAUUGAGACGAAUCCGAUAGAUCGGUCAAUCGCAAAUCUACUCUUCCACCGACAUGCAGGGCCUAUUUUUGGGUUGCCUGAUUAUGCCAUGCUCGACGGACCGUUUAUCACGAAUGAGCAACUCUGAGGCCCUAUACAGCAUCUGAGCAACUUCGUCUGAUCAACUAGGUUUGCUAAGAGUUACAACAAUGUAAAUUUCCAAAACAGCUAUUAAUAAUGAGAAUUCGGCAAUUUUGAACUCUGCACAUGCUGAACCUUGUACAUAAAUAGUGUCAAAGAGUAGGGAUGUCAAUGGAUACAGAUAUCCGAAAUUUUAUCCGAACUUGAAUCCGAACGGAGCGAUUUAUUUU